UUUUUUUUACCUUCUAACUCUUCUGAAAAUAUAUUGCUUUACUGCUAACGGCCAGGAGCGCGAGUCGAAUGCGGUUGGUCUUUGAAAUCAGGCCUACAACUAGAAACGGGACCCUGAGGUACUUUGAUAUUUGUAUCUGCCAGGCUGAUACAUAAUCCCUCAAAAUGAGGCUCACAUCGACUGCAAGGCUGGCGAUUGCUGCUAGCCAACUACUUGCUUCCCCAGCUGUAGCACAGAUCGACAGUGUGAUCACGAGCAUAGUAGGGAGCCCGGCGACAUCAUCAGCAUCGUCACAACCAACACCAUCAAGAGAACCAAAAGUACACCUGAUCAAAGCCGGUGCGGGAGGCUUCAAGUUCACGCCGCAAGAGAUUCACAAUGUAUCAGUGGGAGAUAUUGUAAGCUGGGAAUUCUAUCCGCCUGAUCACUCCGUUGCAAGAGCAGAGUUUGGUUCAGCAUGUGUACCCUAUGAGGAGACGGGCAAGGACAAAGUAGGCUUCUGGUCUGAAACGCAAUGGGUCAACGACACAAGCCAGCUUACAUACUUCAACAUCACCAUCAACUCAACCGAACCGAUAUUCUAUUACUGUGCGGCACCAAACAGCUGCAUUGGAGAGCAUAUGGUCGGCGUGAUUAACCCCAACUCGACCCAGACAUUGGCGUCGCAGGUACAGGCUGCCGCCUCGGCAGAUUUCCAAAUCGCGCCUGGCGAGCCAAUUCCCGCCGAGGCCACGUCGUCGGCAACAUCUACACCAGCUAGCAAUGCAAACAAUGGCAGUCACAAACUCUCGGGCGGGGCGAUUGCCGGCAUAGCGGUAGGCGGGGCUGCUUUUGUGGCCUUGUGCGCAGCCCUAUUCUUCUUUGUCGGUCGUUCCAACUCGCUGAAGAAGACAAUCAAACGCCAUAACGCCACAACCAGUGUGGAUCCACACAUGAGCCAAUACGGUGGUCCCGGGGCGAGGUAUGGCGAUGGAGGACUUGCGUCGCCCGGCUUCGCACCGGCCCGGCCUGGAUAUGCGACGCCGCCGCCGCCAGGCCAUGUCGGCGAUCAUGGAUAUGGCUCGCCGCCCCAAUAUGGGCAACACGGUGUGGGAGAAGCGCAUCCCGGAUGGACUAGCCCGAUACCGCACCAAGGACACUUGAGCAUGAUGAGCAGUACGAGCGGCAUGAGCCAGGCGCAACUCGACCAAUUGAAGUAUGCGAACAUGAGCACACAACCGGCGCCAGCAGAGCUACAUAGUCCGCCGAUUGGGCAGCAGGGCUUUUCAGCGGAGCUCGAGGCACCAGAGCAGGUCAAGAGGACGUGAAGGGAGAAUGGAGGGUCGUGAAAAGGGGCGGUUAUUUGUAUUGUUUUUUUUUGCAUGCGAACUAUGCGAUACCACCAUGUAAGGGUAAAGGGCAGAUAAGCGGCGUUAGUACAACCAUGUGAGGAUUUGGAUUUUUUACAGGAAAUAAGAGAUGUGGUUGCGGGGUGUGUGUUUGUAAUUGACGUGGGUGGAGACGGGGUGGGUCGGUGGUGAUGUUGCAUGGUGUGGUGUAACAAGUAGUGUAGUAUUGUAGGUAAUGGCAAGGCCAGCUGCCUGGGCAUUCGGGCAUGCAGGCAUAGCUAGUGCCGAGACAUGACUCCUGGCCUUGGGGGCAUGUACGUAAGCAUGGCAUUUGCAAUGGGAAACGGGGAUGGGGGACA